AUGUCAUCUAACCCGACUACCUCGACCUCACAGUACUCAUGCGAUUCAAAUAUCUCAACAUCCACUGUCGACUUUGAUGAGGAGCCGUUUGAAACCUUCAAGGAUAAAGUUCUCAAGCUAUGCCGUAAUGAACUGGAUAUGCCCAAGGGAAGUGUGAAAGUCGAGCGGCUAACUGGUGGGACCUACAACCGUGUCGUCAACCUCCAGUCCCCAGACAAGGACUGGAUUCUCCGCAUUCCUCGCCUUUUUCAUGGUAACCCCUCAAUGUUCCAUGAUAUCGGCCCACUCGAACUUCUACAAGACCACCCAGGAAUCCCUGUUCCAAAAGUGCUAUGUUUCGAUCACACUGAUUGCAACUCAUUAGAGCUGGCUUACAUGGUUCAGGAACGGGUUCCAGGUCAAUGUCUUGUGCACACCUAUCGCGACCUAUCACACCAGACAAAGUGUGCUAUUGCUAAGGACUUGGGCCACGCUUUCUCGGAAAUGCAUCAGAUCCGGAAUCAAUUUGCAGGAAAGCUGUUUUGGACAGAGGAAAUAAUGCGUGUACAGCCCCUGAACCCCUCGCAUAGGGAUUUCUACCUGCCUCGUCAUGUUGCCCGGGCUAGUGAGUCUACAGAACAGUUCAUACUGGAACUCCUUCAUGACAGGCUCGAGAUCGCAACAGAACGUCUUCCGGAUAAGGAUGCGGCCUGGAAAGUCAAGUCCCUGAACAAACUUAUUCCAAUUGUAAAGGAAAUGGGUAGGAUGGGAAUCUGGGAUACCGCUUAUUCCUACUGUUUCUGCCACCUUGAUCUCGAGCCUCGGAAUGUCAUGGCGGAUGAGAAAGGCAUCACCGCUAUUUUGGACUGGGAUAGUGCGAUGUUCGCCCCUUUCAUGCUAUCGUGCCAGCCCCCCCAUGUGGAUAUGGUGGUGGCGUGA